AUGGAAAACAGAAACUCAUCGAGCGAUGACGAAUGGGAAGAGCAGACGAUGGUCGUCAUGGUACUGAUACGUGAAAAAAAUAAAUUUCAAAGAGGAAGAGUUCAGGUGAAUGGUAUUUUGGAUGCGCAGUUGGUCCGGAAUGCUGUCAAAGACAAUCAGGUCUCGCUAAGAUUUGCAGAAACGCAGAACCCCGUUUUUCAGGUGCGCGAGAAAGUAGAUUAAUUCGUAGUCUCGUUUUAAGGUGAACAAUUCUCUUUAUUCGGGAACUUGGCAAGAAGUGCUCGGGACGAACAUCAUUUUAAAAGAAGAUGGCGACCGAUUAGAGGUUUGAUUUAUUCUCGAAAUAUAUAUAUAUUUUUUUUGAAAAAUAGCAAGGAGCAAGGACUUUUUGAGCAUUAUCGAACAACCGGAUUCAGUAAACUAUAAUUCCAAACUUUUUUCCAAAUUUCGCUUGAAAAGGCAUUUUUCGUGAUCAAAAUUAUGAAGCAGGCUUGUGCGAGGGCCCGUUAGCCUAUCAACCUUCGAUCAUUCUCUGAUCCCAACCCAAAAAGCGCAAAUUUUAUUCAAGUCCAAAUAUCCAUUUUUUUACGGCCGAAAUCACAUUUUGGUACUUUUUCUAACCAAAAAUUGAACAGAAACUAUGAUUUCAGUAUCAAAAACUUUUUUGGUCUCAAAAAAAUUCAGGGUUAAGAUGAAAAUAUUUUUUUCGAUAUAUUUUGUUUUUUUCAAAGCCUGGUCUGUCCCAAACCCGCCCAGGCUUUUUUUUUCGCAAAAUAAUGAAAUCCGAUUCUCGGGCCGCCCAGCCUGACGCACAAGUCUGCUAUCAAGCUUUCAGAUCUUGCCAAACGCGCUCUUCUGAUAACGAGAACUUCAAUAUUUAAAAAAAUUGAAAUUUUUGAACUGGACUUUAAUUAGCGGUAUUUCUGUUAUAAAAAAAUAGUCGUUUCAUCCCCGAAUGAAACAGAUUUUUUUUCGUAUCCGAGCCAAAAUGUGAUUCGAAAUCUCUAUAAAUCAAAUUCAUUCGAUCGAUCUGUUCCAACGCUCAUUUCAGUUUAAUAAAAAGCUCAGAAUUCGCUUAUUUUUUACGGAUCGCGUUAUAUCUUGAACGGCUGGUGACUUUAGCUGAUUUUUUUCCGAUUUAUUUCUUUUAUUUUUUUCAAAUAACGGUUUUUUUAAACAUUCAAGUCAGUUCAACGUGAAUAUAUAUAUUAUAACGAAAUACUUGGUUUUUUUGUUAUUUUGCGGAGCAAAAAUUUUUUUAUUAAUAGUUUAUUUUGGCACUCGAUUUUUCCGCUCUGAAGUGGUGAAUAAUCGGCUAUAGUUGUAAAAAAAGAAUACGAAAUUUUUCGAUCCAAACUAGGCUUGCGUUAAAAAAACCAUCAUAUUUUAAGGUUGUUUCUUGUUCUUUGACGACGUUGAAGACAGAAAAAGCGCUGUUGACAGCCAAGGUUUCGAAUGAUUCUGGGAAAGCAGAAAACGCGCCGUCGCACACCAACACGGUUCAGCUCGUUGCGUCGCCCACGCCCACCCGCAAAAAAAUCUCAAAAAAAGUAGCUUUUUUGUGUAUAUAUUUGUUCUCUUUUUUCCGUCUUUCAGGUUUAAAUAUGGUCUCUGAAAAUACUCUAUACUUUAUUAAUUAUUUUAAGAUUUUUUCAUUCUUUAUUCAUCGAUGAUUCUACGGAUUGGUUUCUUUUUUUUCCAUUUUUUUUUUGUUAAAACAGACUCUGAUAUGUGUGUCUUUAUUCUUCACGCUCAUUGUUUUUUUUUUUCACAGGUUCGAGAUAAAAAAUAAUGAAACUGUCGAUAUUUUACGAAGGCCGACGCUCGCGGUUGUUUCCCGCUAGCAUAUUUCGUGCGUUCCACCCACGCUUCUUUCAAUUUUUUUCUCGAGUUUAUCGUUUGGUAUCGCCUUAUUUUUUAAAGUUCCUCCGAAAGUGCAAUUGUAACUGGAGAUUUUCAGUCCAAUGGUGCAGACCCGUAGCAAAAAGGGAGAAGAUUCCCCGAUUAAAGGUAGUCCUGUUUUAUUGUCCCUGCCGGCUGUGCGAAGACGCGGCCGUAAGAAAGCGUCAAGCUCACAAGACACGACUCUCGACGAGUCGCCUAAUGUCAGCUUUUCUGGUGAGAACAAUAGUUUUAAUUUUUGAUUUCUUCGUUUUUAGACACUUCUAAAGAAGUCGAAGUAUUGGCGGAACCCGAGAAAAAUAUAAAAGAAUUAGAGGAAAAUAUGACCGAAAAAAAAGAUGAUUCUGAAGAAAUACCGGUCGAAAAAGAAGAAAAAUCUGAAGAAGUUUUGACGAUCAGUAGUGAAUCUAUCGGCGACGCGGUCAAAGAAGAGCCACCAACAGAACCUGUUCGAAUUCCGACGCCGGAUGCGAGUUUCCUCAUUUCUACAGCUUCAUUAGAAUAGUUCAGGACUGUGAUAUGAACAUCCCUUCGUCUAGCGGAACUGAUAUUAUAAAAGAAUCUACGCCUUCUCCUGUAGCCGAUGAUGUCGCCGAAGAACCUCUUUGUGACGACUCAAAUCCCUCUACAGAUAUCAAACUUGAGCAAAAAGCCCCUUCGCCAGAGGAAGAUAUGACCAGCGCAUGUAAAAAUGAAAAGGUUCACUUUUUUCCUUUUGAAAAGUUCUCAAGAGUUGACAAAACAAAAAAAAAAACUUGAUAUUUUUCAGGAUCUCGAAAAUUUGAGCAAUAUUGAUGAAGUACAAAGAUUGCCCGAAGUCGCAGAAAGCAACUUGAAAAAAGAAGAUAAUGAAGAUGACCAAAUGGUGCGUUCGGAACUUUCUAAACUUACUUAACUAUUCGAUGAGAUUCACAUAAUUCGACAGAAAACAUUUCAGGAAGUCGACAUGGAGGUGUCGGACGAAGAACCUGCCGAGGGGGCCAAAAAGCAAUCGGAGGUUGCUGACGACGCGGCAGAGUAAGUUGAUUUGCUCCAUGAAAUAAAGGUUUUCAGAAAAAUUUGAUUUUUUUAAAUUAAUAUUUACUCUUUUUUUGUGGAAAGCAAAUGCAGAUUCCUGCCAAAAAGAAGAGAUAUAAGUAAAAUAUCUUCCAAAAAUUUUUUUUUUUCAGAGUCCAGAAGAGAGACCGACUGAAACAAGAGCUAGCGAGACUCCAAGUCGAACUAGCAGCUUCCAAGAAACCAGAACCCAGUCCCAUACGAAUAUCUUGCUUCCAUCCUGCCGCGAGCGUCUUUUCUCAACAGAAAGGCUACGUUCCAGCCAAUACUCCAGCUCCGAUGGCACCGCCAACAAUUGAACUCCGACCGCCCAUGUUUUCGCCGACGAUCUCUUCGACAAGUCCCACCAAGUCUCGCAUCUCGAAGCUCGGAAGUCCGGCGUUGAAUGUCCCUCCGCCGAGUGUCGUCCUCCCAAAGCUGUCCUCCUUUUCGGAGAACCAGAAAAAUUUGCUAAAGUUGGCUACGCCCAUCUGUGCAGUUGCAUCAGAUCCCGUCGCCGAACUUUCUGAAGCGCUUCGCCUCAACAAUGUAGGUUUUUAAUGGGUUGUUUGAUUUUAAAACGCUUGCUGAGGCGUUCAAAAGAGACGGAGCCUCUAAAAAUCCCACAGAAAAAAUGCGUACAUUUGAAUCUGAACAGCAACUUUUUUAAACACUCCAGAUCGCUAGUUUUGAUACUCCAGAAAGCGUUCCUUACUGAAUCUUUCAUUAUUUUCCUAACUAAUUCAUUAUUUUUAAGACGAAGGAACCUCCAAAGAGGGAAGAGGAAAGUAAGCUGUCAGACGACAAUGCACAAGACGACUCAACAAAAAUGGAUAAUCUCAGCAGAGAAAAAAGAAAGUAUAUUAAAAAGAAAGAUCGCGAUUCCGAAAAGGAUGAUAAAGACAAAAGAAACCACGUCAACCUUCAAACAAAAACUGGAAGCUUGUCCAAGCCAGGAGACGGCUCGGAUCACGAAGAAAAACCAUUGGACAAAAAAACUUUUGACGUUCAAAUGCCACCUUUCGAAAAAAUCAGCGAAUGCAUCUACCUCACGAAGAACGCAACAAAGAAGAAAACUGAGUCCCUACUGUGAGUUUGAAUGUUUUUACCAUGUUGUUACUUUUUGCCGUUUCCAGCUGCUUUUGCCGAGACUCUGGAGCCGAUUGUUCCGACCAGAGUUGUGUAAACGCCUCUAUGUCGACGGAAUGUCCGAGUGGAUGCGUUCCCGGAUGUAAAAAUCGUAGAUUCAAAAAGGUGUCGCUGCUGUAUCGAUUUGCCUUAGAAUCCCGUUUCAGAAAAAUUAUGCACCUGUCGAAGCUUUUCACACGGGGACGCCUAAAGGGUUCGGCUUGAGAGCGACGAAGGACAUUAAAAAGUAAGCUUUUUCAAAAAAUGAUUCUUAAUUAUGCCAUUUUUUCAGAGGGGUCUUCAUCAUCGAGUACAUCGGCGAGGUGCUGGACAAGGAUGACUAUGAGAAACGGAAAGAAAAGUACGCCAGCGACAAAAGUCACCAGCAUCACUACCUUUGCGACGCUGGUAUUUACACGAUCGAUGCGACGAAAAAAGGCAACAUAUCUCGGUUCAUCAACCACAGCUGCGAGCCGAACGCCGUCUGUGAAAAGGUGCUCUUUUGAUUCAGUCAUUGAAUUCGAUGCAAUGGAAAUAUAGUCAAAUUUUCGCGAAUUGAUAGAGCGGGACUUCUCGACGACCCUCUUAUUUUAAAGCUCUAUUUUCAUGCUUAUCUGACCUCGCCGGUGGGGAAACGAGAGACGCAGACCCUCGAAAACUGUUAAGUCCCGGUGAACGGACUAUAAUCCACUUGUUAUUUAAAAUAAAAAUCGAUUUUCGAAAGUUUCUUGAAAAUCUUCUUUUAAUCAAUACAUGGGAAGUUUUAUUCGAUAAAUAGAAUUCUCAUCAAAAAAAAAAAACUAACUAAAAUCUUAAUUUUUACCAAAAAAAGUUUAAUUUCCCUUCCAAAUUUUCAUAUAUCCAGCCAGAAUUUCCUCAAAUUCAUUUUUUUCCGGUUUUUUUGGAACAGCUGUUAUUUUCUCAUCAUUUUUCAUGGGAAAUUUGUCGAUGUUAUAGUGAUAAUGUUAUUAAAAAAGUCGAGUUAGCUCGAAUUUGAACAGAAAACGGUCACAUUUUUGCACCCCAAGUCAAUGGUGAUCCGAAUUUUCAAAUUUCUAACCUUUUUGUACUCAUGAGGAACGUUUCAUGUUCAAAAAGAUUCAGUGUUUUUUUCCACUGAAAGAAGAACUUCCUGGAAAAUUUUUUCGCAGUUUUGCCAGGUAUCUGGAGGUUAGAAUAGUCGUUAAACAAUUUUUGUGAAAAAAGUGGUUUUUAACCCAGGAGAUCUUAAUCCAACCUGUUCACCUUGUACAAUUAACUUAUUCAAUAUAAUUCAGUGCAAAUCAAGCCUCAGAAUAUGUCAAUUUAGAUGAGAUUCAAUCAUGUAACAAAUUCAGUGGUCCGUUCCGAAAACGCCAGGAGAUGUGAGUAGAAUCGGGUUUUUCUCGACAAGAGACAUCGCGGUCGGCGAAGAGAUCACGUUCGACUACCGUUUCGUGAACUACGGGUUCGGAUAAGCGAAUGGAACUUGUUCAACUGCUUAAAUUCAGAAGAGACGCUCAAAAGUGUCAUUGUGGAGCGCCUUCGUGCAAUGGCUGGAUCGGCACGAGACCGGAGGGUGAUUCUGAUUCGGAAGAAGAAGAAGAAGAAGAGGUGGAAACCGACGAAGAAGAGCUCGAGAGCGGAGAUAGCUUCUUCAACAAGGUAUUUCUUUUGAACCUUUUUUUUAUAAGAUACUAUCCUUCAUGACAGUUUAGCUAAUGUGAAACCUCAUGUAAAAAGACUCAUAAAUCACUUUCUUAUAGGGGAGGACAUUUUACUUUGCGGUUGGGGGUAGCCUGAAAAUUGGCCAAAACUCUUCUUGACAUACCACAUGAAGAUCCUGAAAGUCUUAACGUGUAAAACUUCCUAGCUUUUCGAGAAAUAUCUGCUUAAAACCUCAAAAUAACAUUUUUUUUAUGGAUUUUAAGGGUUUUCUUUGACUUUAAAGCGUCUUUUAUCAUAAACGAGGAAGUUGUGCGGGUUGAGACUUCUAGAAUCAUCUUCUAGUACAUCAAAGAGCGUUUUGGCCAAUUUCCAAAGGAAUCCCAACCGCAAAGCCAAAAUGACCUCCCUUUGUUGGAUCGAAGACAAUGUAGGAAAAAAAGUGUAUUUUUCAAACUUUUGAUUGGGGAAUAGUUGAAAUAAAACUUUGUUUGCAAACUUAUUUUUAUUGCAUAGAUUUUUCCAGAUUUCUUCUAUGCAACCCGAUGAACUGAAGGAAGAGAUACAGAGCCGAUUCGACAGCCUGAUUUUCAAUAAUAAAAAACACUCGCACAAAAUUAUGCAGUUGGCGGUUCGUUUUCAUGUUUUCUUUGAUAGAAAUCAUUGAAAAAAAAUCAUCACUUAAUUUUGACCUCCCCGACUCCAUUUUUCCUUGUCUCCAUAGAACUAUCAUCCAGAAUGAAAUUGCAGAGUUACAUGGUGGAUUACGAUCAGAAGAUGGCUUUCAUCGAAAAAAUUUUCUCGUCAGACUCGGUAGCUUUGUUUUGAGGGAGUAUUUUGGUGACCUUGGAUUGUAGCCGCUACAAACGCAGCUGAUGUACGCGAGCAGCGGCAUGACUCGUCUCCUCGUUUCUUGGCUCACCCACGACGAUUUCUCGGUCCCGUCGUUGAAGCUCAAGCAGAAGAUCAUGCAAGUCCUCCACAACGACGCCUUUCUUCCAUCGGCUGUACGUUGACUCGAAAAGAAUUGUUAUGGGUUGAAGAAACGGAUCUCAAGAAAAAAUAGAGUAAUAUAUGACUUUGCAAAUUGAAAAAAAAAAACGGCUGGGGCAAAGUCGGAAUGGUGGAUAAUGGCCGUUAAAAGGAAGAGGCUCAAAAAAGGCCGCAAAAAGGCCUCAGAAAGGCAGAAAAAAGAGCCCCUUUAUCAAACCUUCCAUUUUUUUUUCCGGGGUUUUAAAAGCUUAAGAAAUAGUGGAAAAAGAAGAGACAGCUUCAUGCUUUUCAUAAUAGAAUGCAAAAUUUUCACUGACUCUCCAAAAACUAGUUAUCUUUUUCACUCUCUGACGGCUGUUUGAAAUUUCGCGGAUUCACUGGGAACACGGCAUCAAAAAAGAAAAAUGUCUUUCAUCGAUUUUUCCAGCCUUUACGAAAAUUCAUGAAUGAUUUGAAAUCUGUAGAAUAAAAGUAACAAUGAUUCUAGAAAUUUUCCAUUUUUUUUUUUCUGUAAUAUAUCUUUCAAUUUUUACGUUUGUAGCGCGCGGAUCAAGAGUUGCUAUCGCUUGUGAGCGCCCUGGCCAAGUGUCCCGAUGUGCCUCCGCUGGUGGAGGUGCAAUGUGUGGGAGAAUCUCUCAUUUCUGCCGUUUCUGAUCAAUCCCGUCCUUACGAAGAACACGCGAAAACGAUUGCGGUGAUACAAUCCUGAGAACCUACUGAACCCUCAAAAAGUUUUAGGCAGAAAUCCAAACCAACUAUGAACGGUUUCAAAUCAUGACUGUCCGCUUGAACAAUCAUUGGUUCAAUCGCUCUGUCAACUUCCGUAUCCCGAAAAAAGUGAGUCCGCAUUUCCCUUGCUCUUUUGAUUCUGAAACUCAGAUCCGGGAACCAGAAAAAGAGAAGGAGAAAGAUUUCUCACCACCGGUGCAGGAAAACGACGGCUACUGGAAGAACCGACGCUACAACGGCAAUUAUUCAUACAACUUCUUCCCUAGGCAGCAGUACUCCUACAAACGACCAUACUGUCAGUUUUUUUCAGCGUGUUUUUGAACUUAAUCUUCCACUUUUCAGAUAGGUCGGACUAUAGGCAGCGGAGCAGAUCGCGCACGCGAAGUUGCUCUCCCAAAAGAAAGCGCACCGAGGAGUUCCCGACAGAUCGACAUCGCAAAAGCGUGCGCGCCAAAAGUCCUGAAGCUCUGGAAGUCCUCCCAAUUGUUUGAGACAUUCCGACAAAUAGCGAGAUUUAAGAGGCCGACUCCGCCGUCUUCUUCGUGUUCUUUCGGAGACAAGGCGCCCCCGCCACCCCAAGCCGUCUACCAGAAGCCUCCGGCUCCGCGGGAGCUCCCCACGCCUGCGAUUCAUCCCCACCUAGGCCAUCAGACUAAUGGAAUGAUCCCUGUUCCGCAUUACCCGACUCCCAUGCAUCCUUAUGGUAAGUUGAACUUGGAUUAAAUCCUAAAUUUUCAAUUUUCAUUUGUCCUUUUCGUUUGCUACACUACCAACCUGAGCUUAGAAAUAAUUUUUACUCGGUCUUUUGUUCAAUUUUUGUAAACCAACUCCUCCUCCUGGACAAAAUGAGUUGCCCAUGGGUUGCUUGGACCAAACGACUUUUGUUCAGAGAUGUACAACGACUGGUGUGCGCCAAACAUGCACAUGUCCUACGGCUACUAUCCGCAGAUGAACGGCUACCAUCCGAUGGAGCACCAUCAGAUGCUCUCGAGAGCGGUCGGCGGCCGGGAGCGAAACCCCUCCACCCCCAAGGAAUCGCCGCCGCUCACCAAGUUUUCUUUGCCAAAGCUCGAAGACCUGGGCACGCUCUACGACAGCAUGCCUCUCGAAGACUUGAAGUUGGUUGAGAUAUCAAUAAAAAUCAUAAAGAAACUCUCAGAGAGCGCCUGGAAGUUCUGAACAAAGAGCUGCACAUGCUUCACAAAAAAAUCGUUCUGAAGGAAGAAUGUGUCUCGAAAAUCAAAGAAGAGAAGAAAUUGGAAGAAGCGCGGAAACAGUCUUCCAUAACAAUCAAGGUUUUUUAAUCCUUUGCUUUUUUAAAGUCAGAUUUUCUGUAGAUUGAACCUCCGCCGCCUCCAUCCAAAUACGUUUGGGCCAAGGCGCUUUGUGCGACGGGCGAGACUUAUUAUUACAACAAGGUACGAAUUCCCUUUUUUUUUCUCGGAUAGUUUCUGAUAAAGUCAAGGACAAAACGGGUCGAGAGAUGUUUUCAAUUUAAAAAAUGCAAUUUUUAACUGCUUUUGAUUUUCUCAGUGCGCAUAGAUAGACAAAGUCGGAAAGGGUAGAAAAAAGCUCUAUAGAAGUUUUACUUUUAGGGUGACAUUGGUUCCUUUUUUGCUGCCUUUUUGCAUUAUUUCAUUGGCUAUUAUGCACCAUUUUUGCUUUCCACAAUUCCUUGAGCCUUUUAAGUUCUAGAAAAAAUGAAAGGCUCGAUAAAGAGGCUAUUUUUGCUGCUUUUUUUGAGCCUCUCCCUUUUAGCGGUCAUCAUCCACCAUUCCGACUUUGCCCGAGCAUGAAAAAUUCAGUCCAACACGGCGUUUAAAAAAGGCUGGAGAGGGUGGCUAGUGGGCGUGGCUUAGCGCAACUGUCGCGCAGUUAUAAGAGACGUUUCUCCGUGUAGUUUUACGCUCUUUCAAUAAAAUUUUUUUGCUUUUUAGAUUCUUCAGAAUAAAAAUAUAAUUAUUAUCUUCCAUUUCUAUUUUUUUGUGAAGCUCUCCAUCCUCAGGAUGCGUCUGUUCCAUUUAUUAAAAAAAUUUUUUUAUCGCGCUAUCAUUUUAAUCGAAGUAAAAACUAUUGAAUUACGCAUUUUUUUGCGGACAGAAAUUUUAAUUUUCUUCAUUUGUAUGGGUUUUUAUUAAAGAAAUUUGUUUUAAAAAAAAUCAUUUAAUGAAGUGAGCCGCAGUUUUGAAAUUUUACGCCAGAGCAACCGUUUCUAACUACAUGCAUACAUGUAUUGAUUACCUUUUUAUUUUUGUUUCAACCAAAAUCGAGCGGAGUAAUCGUAAAAUGUAUUUGAAUAUUACAGGUCACAAAAGAAACACAAUGGGAUCCACCACGUGGAGAUCAGGGCGAACUUGAUCCGAAUGAUCGGACUCCGCCCCCAGUUUGCGAUACGACCGCCAAGGAGGACUACGGCGAAGAAAAUGAUGUCGUAAAAAGACUUCAAAAUGUUUUUUCAACCUCGCUGUUUCAGUCAGACUCGAAGAGCGACGUGCCCCUGAGUUCGAGGGCCAAACAGGUACUCUACACGCAGACGGAGGCGGAGCUCGUCCAGCGCGCCAAGGAAGAAGCUGACCGAGAAGCGGCCAGGCAGCGUGUCCAGCAGAUGGCCGAGGACGAGGAGGGCCGCAAGAGAGCCGUCGAAGCCGCUUCCAAGGUUUUUUUUCAUGGGGAAAAGUGUUUAUUGUUCGUGUUUUAUCAUAAAGUCAUCAUUUUAGAGGUUGCCGCAAUGCUAUCAAACUUUUUCAUUAAGCUUUUUUUAACCUCUGCUUAUAUAAAUGUAUCGGCAAUCUCGUAACCUAGUCAUCAGGGGUCGAAAAUAUGGGUUAGUCCACCAAAAAUAGUCCCUUUAUCGAGCAUUCUAUUUUUUCUGGGAUUUUAAAGGCUCAAGAAAUAGUGAAAAAAGGGAGAGACACCAAAAAUGGUGCAUAAGAGCCGAUGAAAUGGCGCAAAAAGGCAGCAAAAAAAAAAGAGCUUUUUGUCACCCUAAAAACAUAUCUAUAGAGCCUUUUUUGACCCUUCCGACUUUGCCUAUGAACAUACAUUUCUAUUUUCUGAGCCAUAUAUUUUAGAGUUCUUUCGCCCUUUUUUUCCAAACUUUCAAAGACUAAUUAUACUAAGCUUUCCUUUUGAAGGCGUUCAAGCUGAACCUCGAGAAGGUGAUCAAACCAAUCGUGAAGAAAAAUCUCGAAAAAAUUCCUGACGCGACGCCGCCGAAAAUCGUCUGGCUUGUUAAACUUGUGAGUGGAUUCACCAUAGAUCCAUUGAAAACCGCCAGUUUUCAGCUCGUCAAAGAGAUGUACAAGCGGGAGAGCUCUCGCUCCGAUUUCGAUUAUAAGCUGAAUGAUACUUCUUAUAAAAUGGUUUGCUUUUUGUUUUGUUCGUUAAGAAAUCUGUUUACAGGAAUUUUUUCUUUUCAUAAAAAUGAAAUUUCAAACUCAAAACAAAAGAAAGAAAUCUUACAGAUCAAAUAAAAUCAAGUUUUUUGAUUUUCCUCACAAGAACAACAUCGAGAAAAAAAAAAAUGAAGAGUAUAAGAAUGUAUAAAUUUGAAAACUCUCUUGGGUUUUCUUUUUCUUCUAAUGUGAAGGGUUGUCAGGAAAAAAGCUUCCGACAAGAGAUUUCUGGAACUGUGCUUAAAACUUCACUAAAGGUCGACGAAUGUUCGAAAAAAAAUGCAUUAGGCUAAAAAAAUUUAUCUUUUUUUCUCUGUGAAAUUCGUUUAUGCCGUGUUCAAAGUAAUUUCCGCAAAAUUCAAAAUAGCUGUCAGAGAAAGGAAAAGAUCACUAAAUUUUGGAGAGUCAGAGAUCAUUUUGCAUUUCGCGGAAAUUACUUUGAACACGGCAUUAGAGAAGCUGUAGUUUUUCAAAAUUGAUUUCAUGUAGUUUCGCUGAAUAUAUUGAGGAUUUGGUCGAGAUUCUUAUUUUAACAUGAGCUGAUUAUGACAUUCACAGAAGGCGUAAUGAAGAAGGAAAAUUGCAAGUUUAAGUGAAAUUCCGAAGGUUUAAUCUGUAUUUUGGAUUUUAUGACCUUCAGAAACCGUGAUAACUAAUUUCCCGUAGACUUCUUAAUUUAUCGAUAUAAUGAUUUAAUUUUUCAGGUGAAAAAAUACACAGAAACCUUGAUGGAAAGGAAACUGAAAACUGGCGUAGCCGACCUCUGGAAAGGAUACAAGUGA